AUGUCUGUGCUGUCUGUGUCGCGUGUGUACACGGACGCGUUGGCCACCAAGCCCCAGGCGUUCUGGGACUACGAGAGUACCAACGUUAAAUGGAACUCCCAGGAGAAGUAUGAGGUGGUGAAACGCCUUGGAAGAGGCAAGUACUCCGAGGUGUUUCUCGGUGUUGACAUCACCUCGGGCGAUAAGCUUGUGAUCAAGGUGUUGAAACCUGUGAAGAGAAAGAAGAUCAAGCGAGAGAUCCUGAUCCUCAAGAACUUGGUGGGCGGGCCCAACAUCAUCAACUUCUUGGAUAUGGUGAGGGAGCCCCAGCUGAAGACCCCUGCGCUUGUGUUUGAGUAUGUGGACAACACCGACUUCCGUACUUUGUACCCAACAUUCACUGAUUACGACAAUCGCUACUAUAUGUUUGAGCUUUUGCGUGCGUUGGACUACUGCCACUCCAUGGGCAUAAUACAUAGGGAUGUGAAGCCCCAGAACGUCAUGAUCGACCAUGGCGCCAAGGAAUUGCGUCUUAUUGAUUGGGGUUUGGCUGAAUACUACCAUCCAGGUACCGAGUAUAAUGUUAGAGUGGCUUCCAGGUACUUCAAGGGCCCCGAGUUGCUCGUCGACUUCAGGUUGUACGACUAUUCCCUCGACAUGUGGUCCUACGGAUGCAUGCUUGCAUCUAUGGUGUUCAAGAAGGACCCAUUUUUCCACGGUAAGUCCAACACCGACCAGUUGGUCCAGAUUGUUCGUGUCCUCGGCUCAGACGACCUCCACAGUUACCUCCAGAAGUACAACUUGACGCUCAGCGAAGAGUAUGAAGAUUUGGGCUACUACAACCGUCGUCCAUGGAAGCGUUUCAUCAACGAGAACAACCAGCACUUGGUAAGCGAGGAGUUCCUAGAUUUCAUCGAUAAGCUCUUGCGUUACGACCACCAGGAGCGUCUCACGGCAAAGGAGGCCAUGGACCACCCAUGGUUCGAUCCUGUUCGUCACUAA